AUGAGUCGCGCUGUCUCGCGCCUCGUUGAAGCAUGCAGUCGGCUGAGCAUCACUCAGCGCUCGCAAAUGCACUGUGAGUCAAACAAUUCUGGAAAAAUCCUGCAAAAUUCGGCUGUUCUUUCAGAUCUUCGUCCUCCGCCGACGUCGUCAAUCCUUCCGCCAGGGCCGGCGACAGUUAUUGAGAAAGAAAGAGAAAGAGCCUUUCCGGCCAGCGGAUCCAUCCAUUUCCCUCAGCCAUCCGUCUCGAUCGAGCUGCCGGCUCUCGAAAACCCUCAACAGGUUUGUAGAGACUAAAAUUAACGAUUAUUGUACAAAAAUCUGUAGUUUUUUUUUAGAUUUACACAUUCCCCACGCUAAACCGUGCUCCAAAAUUGGCUCCCGGGGCGAUUUUGACGGAAAUUCUUGAAAAACUGGCUCCGACCGUCGAAAAAGGCCCGCUAAUCGCGCCGGGCACACCCGCCAAGGCGCCCAUGUGGCUAUCGCCGCGUCUGCUCACAAUCCGUCGCAAGAAGAUGAAGAAGCACAAGCGGCGCAGACGAUACGAUCGCGAUUUCUUCAAAUACCAGAAAUAUCAUCGCGAGAAGAAGCUGAAAGCGGAACGGGCGUUCCAGAAACGCAUGAAAUCGCUGCUCACCGAGCUCGAGGCGUUCAAUCCGGAGCAGUACGUGAAGGAGACGAUCCGGAUGGCGAACAAGGAGUGGCAGGACGAGCUGGCGCCCACGGGAAGGAAGCUCUACCCGCACUGGAGCAGGUUCAUGAGCUUGGAGCAGCUCUACGGACUGCCCAAGAGCGAGUAUAUCGAUAAAAAGUUAGAUUUUGACAUGAUUUCCCGCCUAAAUUUCCAUUUCUUGCAGAGCCGGUCUCCCAACACCCGAGGAAGCGGAACAGAUCAAAGCGCUGAAGGAAAAGUACGCCAAAUUAUACCGAAAAAAGUAG